AUGGACGAAUCCGCCAGCCAAGUAAUCUGUCGCAGCAGUAACAUCAGGAGGAUUUACGUUGAAGGAUACGACACUUCGCUUCCUGCCGAUGAUGUCAAUUUUGCUUUGAGAGAACACUUCGCUUCAUGUGGAGAGAUGAUACAUGUUUAUAUUCCCACAGUCGUUGGGAGCCGUUGUCUCACUCUCAACAGAUAUGGCUUCAUUUAUGUUCGUGGAGAAGGUGCGGAAGAGAAGGCGUUGGAACUUAGUGGAAGUGACAUGGGAGGAAGGAAUCUAGUCACUAAGGCUUACCCGUUUCAUGAAACAUACCUUGAUCUUGAGCUGACUCCUAUGAAAGCGGAAUAUAGCCUGCAACAAACGAUGAAAGUUAGUGGAUAUGACACUUCGCUUCCCGAGAAAGUUGUCGAGAGCAUGCUUCGUAGACACUUCUCUUCAUGUGGAAUGCUAUCUUUUUUGGUUCAAAAGGUCGCAAAGGGUUGUCUCUACAGCGAGGCUAUGGUUACCGUUUGGGGAGAAGACGCAGUAGAGAAGGCGCUGAAACUUAGUGGACGUGAUGUGGGUGGAUUGAAUAUCGUUGUUGUUAAGGGUCUGGAAUUGCGUGACCUAAACGGUAGUGAUGCAGACAUACGAAAGAGUAGCAGCAGUAGCAUUAGGAGGAUUUACGUUGAGGGAUACGACACUUCGCUUCGGACCUUUGAUGUCGCUCUCUCUUUGAGAGAACACUUCGCUUCAUGUGGAGAGAUUUUACAUAUUGAUAUUCACCCAGACUUGGGAAGCGGUCUUCUCAACAGAUUUGGCUUCAUUUAUGUUAAUGGAGAAGGUGCAGUAGAGAAGGUGUUGGGACUUGGUGGAAGUGAAAUGGGAGAACCGAAUGUAGUCACGAAGGCUUACCCGUUUCGUGAAACACACUAUGAUCUUGAUUUGGCUCCUAUAAAAGCGCCAGAGAGCCGGCGAGGAGACAUCAUUAGGAGGAUUUGCGUUGAAGGAUACGACACUUCGCUUCCUGCCGUUGAUGUCAAACGUAUUUUGAUAAGUCAUUUCGCUACCUGUGGAGAGUUGGUACAUGUUUAUAUUCCUACAGACGUUGGAAGCGGUCGUCUCAACAGAUUUGGCUUCGUGUAUGUUCGUGGAGAAGGUGCAGAAAAGAGGAUGUUGAGACUUAGCGGAAGUGUCAUGGGGGAAGAAUGGAGUGUAGACGCUAUGUCUUACCCGUUUCGUGAAACAGACCUUAGUAUUGCGUUGGCUCCUACGGAAGUCAAUAGCAGCAGUAGCAUUAGGAGGAUUUACGUUGAGGGAUACGACACUUCGCUCUCUGCCUAUCAUGUCCAUCUUGCUUUGAGAGAACACUUCGCUUCCUGUGGAGAGGUGGUACAUGUUUAUACUCCCACAGAGGUUGGAAGCCCAAGCCGUCUUGUCAAGACACUCAACAGAUAUGGCUUCAUUUAUGUUCGUGGAGAAGGUGCAGAAGAGAAGGCGUUGGAACUUAGUGGAAGUGACAUGGGAGGACGGAUUGUAGUCACUAAGGCUUACCCGUUUCAUGAAACGUACCUUGAUCUUGAGUUGGCUCCUAUGAUAGCGGCAGAGACCGAACGACAACACGUGUAA